AUGUCUCUCGAGAUGAUCAUGAUGGAAGUGGAUGAGCAAGGGAAGAGAAACUGCUCGGGAGAUGCCGCAGUCAAACCCGACACCGGGAAGAAACUCGAGGUCCAGUUGGUAUUGUCUUUGGCCAUUGGCAUCUCGGCCUUCUUCCUCUUCUGCUUUCUGCGCCCACGAUGGCCUUCUCUUUAUGCCGCGCGAAAACGUCGCCUCGAUCACCGACUCGGUCUACCUACUCUGCCUAAUUCAACCUUCGGAUGGAUACCUACACUCUUUAGGAUCACCGAAGAGCAAGUAUUGGCUUCCGCUGGACUCGAUGCCUUUGUGUUUCUUAGCUUCUUCAAGAUGGCAAUUCGACUCUUUGUUGUUAUGGCAUUCUUAGCGACUAUUAUACUCUGGCCGAUAAAUCACAUUUAUGAAGGUUUCAGACUUCCCAUGGGAGGAAACAAGGAUACCAAGGCGGUCAACCCUGAUGCGUUUUACAACAACCCGAGCUAUAUCGAUGUACUCAAGGAUAAGGACGACGGCAAAGACAAGAGCUGGAUAAAAACCUGGAUGUGGGCUUAUGUUUUCUUCACCUACUUCUUUGUCGGGCUGACGAUCUACUACCUCAAUCACGAGACCCAUCGCAUUAUCAAAUUUCGCCAGGACUAUCUCGGUUCUCAAUCUACCGUCACAGACAGGACGUUUCGCCUUACCGGUAUACCAGAAGAUCUUCGAUCGGAAGAAGCGAUUAAGGAUCUCAUCGAAAAAUUGGAGAUCGGCACUGUCGACAAGGUUAUGAUCUGCCGGGAAUGGAAAAAGCUUGAUGACCUCAUGGAUGCGAGAGAAACUGCACUGAGAAGCCUCGAGGGUGCCUGGGCCACCUUUCUCAAACACCAGCGGCAAAAGCGAAAAGACAACUGGCCCCAGAGAAGACGUGGCAAUGGAGUAUCCCCAAACGGUCCUCAAGAUCAAGAUGCAGGGGACAAUGAGGCAGCUGGAGAGAAUGGGCAACUGUUGGAUCCCGAGCAACAGCCCUGGGAUUCAGGAGAUGAAGGGAGGCCCAAAGUCAACAUACGUUAUGGUACCCUUGGCCUGCGAUCUCGUAAUGUUGAUGCGAUCGAUUACUACGAGGAACGACUUCGGAGAUUAGAUGCUAAGGUCACCGAGGCUCGCAAGAAGUCAUACACGCCCACAGACAUGGCGAUUGUCACCAUGGACUCUGUUGCAUCGUGUCAAAUGGCCAUCCAAGCACGCAUUGAUCCUAGACCGGGCCGCCUUUUGACAAAGUUGACACCGGCACCGUCAGACCUUGUUUGGAGAAACACGUACGCUCGUCGCGGCAUGCGCCGUCUUAAAUCUUGGACUGUCACAAUACUCAUCACGAUCGUCACUCUCGUCUUCAUCACCCCUACCGCUUUCCUGGCUGGUUUGUUGACCCCAUGUGCAAUUAACGAGGCAGCGCCUGCAUUGGGUAAAUGGCUUAGAGAACACACUAUUAUCUACUCUCUAGCCUCAACCGGCCUACCGGCACUGGUUGUCUCACUUCUUAACGUCGCUGUCCCCUAUUUGUACGACUUUCUCUCCAACCAGCAAGGAAUGAUCUCACAAGGAGACGUGGAGCUCUCGGUCAUUUCUAAAAACUACUUCUUCACCUUUUUCAAUACCUUUUUCGUCUUCGCCAUCUCAACGUCUGGACUCGCAUGGUGGAGCGAGCUGCAGAAGUUUGCCAAAGACACAAGCAAGAUUCCAGGAGCUAUAGCCCGUGAUGUGGAGGAGCUUGCGAUUUUCUAUAUUUGCUUCAUCAUGCUGCAGGGUAUUGGUCUCAUGCCCUUCCGGAUCCUCGAGGCAGGAAGCGUGUUUCUCUACCCAUUCCUCAAAUGGUUUUCAAAGACACCUCGCGACGCUCUUGAGCUCAAGAAGCCUCCGGUCUUCCAGUAUGGUUUCUUCCUCCCCACUUCACUGCUCGUGUUCAAUCUGUGCAUCAUUUACAGUGUCCUGUAUUUUGGCUUCAUCAUUCUUAUCAUGGGAUUAAUUUACUUUGUCUUGGGUUAUUUCACCUUUAAGUACAUGGUACUUUACGCAAUGGACCAGCCUCAACAUGCUACCGGGGGCGCGUGGAGAAUAAUAUGCUACCGCGUCAUCGUUGGCUUGCUUGUUUUUGAGCUUGUCAUGGUGGGACGAAUUGCCACAGGGGAGGCAUUCAUUCAGUCUGUCUGCAUCCUGCCUCUGAUUCCGUUUUCCGUUUGGUAUAGCUUUUAUAUCAAGCGCCGGUACGAACCUUUGACCAAGUACAUUGCCCUUCGCGCGAUCCGGGCAGACGAGGACUCAGACGAUGCGGCUGCAAUGGACGAUGCGUUCGAGGACGAAGACGUGGCUCGACCUUCGCAGACGCUUCUUCGCCGGGGAAGCACACUAGACGAGUACAAGGAGAAGGGGAUGCAGUUUAUCAACCCCAGUCUUGUUGCUCCACUUCCACAGCCGUGGAUUUACGAUGAGCCGCCUCCCCCAAUUGUUACAGACGAUACGCAGUCGACAGAAGAGAGUCAACGACCUAUUCUGCAGGGUGUUGAUAGCACGCUUGGUAUAGGUGAUGAGAAUGUUUGGCGAGACAACGGUGGAAAUAAUGUUUAA